AAAUUAAAUAUUCGUUUCAUUGAAGUUCUGGUGUGGAGAAAGGACAAUCUUACAUGGGGUUUUGAGAAAUAUUCUAGGAGACUCAGACCCUUUUUACAAUGGAAAACAUUCCAAAAGGCGCUUAGAAUAUGGUCUAAACAUUCCAGCCUACGAUUCCGAUAUUCCAGGGAAAAUCCAGAUAUUCAAAUCUUAUUUGCCAGAUUGGAUCAUGGAGAUGGUGCAUACAAUGCUUUCGAUGGACAAGGAAGCACUCUAGCACACGCCUUUAAACCAAGCAAUGGUGGAACGCACUUCGAUGACGACGAGAGGUGGACGUUAGCUAGCGAGAACUCUGCAAAAGACCAGAUUCACCUACCCACGGUGGUUCUGCAUGAGAUUGGGCAUACUCUUGGUCUGGGGCAUUCUUCUGACUACACGUCGGUUAUGUCGCCCUUUUUUACAACAAUAAAAACGAAACUAACACCUGUGGACAUCUCUAUGUUACGUGCUCUUUACGGUCAAAGAAGGCUAAAACCGCCAGAACGGAAAAUUGAAAUAUCUACAAACACAGUAAAACCACCAACAAAAGAGGAAAUAGACAAUGCCAUAGGUGUUUGCGAGGGCAUCAGUGACCUCACCACUGUGCGGAAUAGAAAUAGACAAGUUCUUCAUAUUUUUGGUGGAAACUUAACAUUUCGAGUCAGUUCUUCUGGUAGGAAAUUACAACCCCCUCGAUGGACUUCUAGUCUCUACAACGGUGUCCCUGGUGACGUUGAUGCUGUUAGCUUUUACAAGAAAACUCGGACACAAUACUUCUUCAAAGGACAUAACGUAUGGAAAGUUAUCAAACAUCGAAUAGCUCAGGGUUACCCUAAGACUGUAAAAAUGCACACCCUACACGAGGUUCCACGUGCAAGUGUUACCGUCACCAUUUGGCAUUCCAGUAGAAUUUUUAUAUUUGGGACACAUACAUUUUGGGAUUGGAAUCCGUGGUUAGACGAUGUCGUGACUAAACCUAAACCAAUACACCGAUACUGGCACGGACUCCCAGACAAUAUCGACGCCGCCAUGCAGUGGAGAGAUCAGUAUGUUUACUUCUUCAAAGGGCUCAAGUAUUAUAAAGUACACCCCAGCAGAAGAAUGGUUAUGUCUGGGUAUCCUAAACCAAUGCCUCCGCCAUGGCUGAAACAAUUUUGUCAUAAUAAUGGUAGAUGAAAUUAAGAGUUUUGAAUGGCGUGUGCUAAAUUAUGUAAUUCUGUCUAUAAUGAAUAAUUACAUUUCCUGUGU